AUGGGGGUUCUGAGGACGGUGGCUAUCGCCAUACUUGGAGUCUCUGCGUUUACUUUUGUGGCCCUGUUCGGAAGGCUUCCUGCUCUUAGGAAAACCCCCGUUGGAUUACUCCAUAGGAUCAUCUGUAUACACAUUCCUAAUGUGCUAUUAUUUUUGGACUCUCAUCUAUUGGGCAGCAGACUGUCGUACUGCUGGAACCGGUCCGGUACUUAUAUAUUGCACGAAAACCAUCCGCUCGUACUUAUCUUCUUCCUUUCACUCCUUAUCGCAGGAGAAUGCAUGUUUAUUCCGAGCGCAUGGCCUAGAAUCUCAAUGUUUCAUCGGCUCUGCAUUCCAGCCCUCACGGUUCUUCCGUACAUCUUUCUGUACGCUAGCGUUGUCACCAAGUCGUACAUCACUCACGAAAACCAUGAGGAUGAGAUGGCACGGUAUCCAUAUGACCGAGUUAUUUUUCAUCCAGGUCAUCGUUGCCGUACGUGUAACUUCCUGAAGCCGGCGCGAAGUAAGCACUGCAGUUUCUGCAAAGCUUGUGUUUCGCGGCACGAUCAUCACUGUGUUUGGCUGACCAACUGCGUGGGUCGGAACAACUACCAUUACUUCUUAUCUUUGUUACUUUCCCUGUCUGUGAUGUUGGCAUAUGGGUCAUGCCUUGGCUUCUCUCUUUUGUCGCAAACGCUAGAGGGACUCAUACCGUCGAGCUCACCGUUACGAUCGAGAUCACAAGACUGGACGACCUGGCUCAAUGUCUGGGCGAUAGCUAUUGCUUCUGAUAUUCGUGUUGGUGCAAUCGCCAUGCUAGCAGCCAUGACAUCGCCAUUGGCUCUGGCCUUUCUGCUCUAUCACAUCUACCUCAUCUGGGCUGGCAUGACCACAAAUGAAAGCGCAAAAUGGUCAGACUGGAAAGAGGAUGUUGCAGAUGGCUUGGUGUUUAAGUCCACCAGAAGCGAGAUUUAUGGGACCCCAUUCCACUCCGAUGACGACACUCCUGCUCAAAGAGCCUGGCCAGUGAGCAGUGACCAGAUCCUAGUAGUCACGGACGGUGAGCCCCCCAAGGAGGGCUUUCAACUCUGCUCACGCUCAAAUGAGAUUUUUCAUAAGGGUGAUUCACAGGCGCCAGUUGACACAAGAUGGGUUGAAGUGAACAGUAUGCGGGAGAUUGACAAUAUCUAUGAUUUGGGGUUUUGGCACAAUCUACGGGAGGUUUUCAAUAUGCCUGCGGGACACUUGAUCGGCGGAACCGGAAAAAUUGCCUGUCACUAUUUCUUCUCUCCCAUUAUCGUCGCAAUCAACACCUCUAAUCGAUUUGCGGGUAACACCGUCAAGAUGGCAGACCGACCAGCGUCAGAAACUAAACCAAAAUGCACCCCAGCUGAGCUCAUGUUGAAGGUCAUCCUGACGGGAACUUUGAGCCACUAUGAGACUCGUGGGAUGAUCGACGAUAAACGCUUGGAGCACAUGCUUUCUGCUGGGAAACAGAUACUUUACAAAACACACCAGGAGAGCGACGUCAGACACAAUUUGGGCCUAUCGCCCGACAUUUGGCAAGGCUUCACGGAUGUACUGACGAAGGCGAUCCCGGUUCUGGAAUCACAAUCAUUUGCAUGGAAGAGCCCUCCGUCCGCGAACUAUGAACACUCCUCCUCAAAUCUCAUUGCAUACAACUACUUCUCCCUCGUCAAAGACAUCGAGCGCUUGAACGACCUGUGCACUAUAGCUCGUAACCUUCUCGCCACAACGAAGAAAGCGCAGAAUAUUGCGGCGGAGAAAGGUUUUGACCAAAGGAUUUUGGCACUGGUGGAUACUUGUGUGAGAGUCACUGCGCGGGGGUUUGACGGCGAGACAAAUGCAAGAAACGAGGAGCGCUGGCAGAAAGUGGUCAACCUAUAUAAACGACUAUUGAUCACAUGUCUUCAAUUUCUGCACAAUUUUAUCAUGCAUAAUGAGCAGCGGAAGAUGGUCUUGUGGUUAGAUCUGUUUGGUUACCAUUCGACUGGCGAUUCCAAUAUCAUUCAACCUAGAGAGCCGCUUGAUCAGGCUAACUCUCAGGCUGAGGGGGUGGCACCAAUCGUCAAAAUUGGGGAGAGGGUUGUCAACCCCCCGAUAAGGGCACUUUACGAUCAGACCGCGGAAGAUUUGUUACUGGAAACCAUUUCGAAUUUCCCACGGGAGCCCGCGACAAUCAAAGAAGAAGCAGCCAUGCUACUCCUUGCAAACAUCAAAGACCACAUGGAGAAACUUCUCGGGCGAGAUCUGACGGCCAUCCAGGAAAUGGGCAAGGACCCAGAGCAAGUGAAGGAGAUCCGAGCCGCGUUGACUGCUAUUCUUGGAGCGAAGGUGGAUGGCUGGUCAGAUCUCCAAGAUAGAGCCAGAGACCUUCCACCUGCACUCCCUGAAGACGAGCCGCCGAGGAAAAAGGCAAUCCUGACGAUAGAUCGCAGCAAAACCGCAGGUUUUCCUCGCAUUUGCUGGGCUGACUUACCCGAUCUCAACGAAUACGGCGCACUGGCAGCAGGCGAUGCACCAAUAACGGAGGAGGACACGAGCAUGCCCCGAUCUGCUCAAUCUGCGGCCGAGACCUUGCAAGAAGCCAAGGACGAGUUGAUGGCUCGACUGCAGGAAUCUUCACAGAUUGCUGAUCAUGGCGACCAAGAUUAUGAUGCUGGCGAUGCAGGGACAGUUGGCGAUGACGAUUCGCACAGCUUGGAGGCCGUUGCUGACGGAAGCAUGGAAGAGGAGGAAGAAGAAGACGAUGAGGAUGAUGAAGACUACCGAGGUCGACCUGGCGAUCAGCAGCGUGGUCUGCUGACCGACAUCCCUCUUGUUCUAGGGCCCGCGGAAAUUGAAGCUCUUCCUAUGAUCAUUCAGGCCGGUAUUGUGGACAGCUUCGGACUCAAGGGUGGCGAGCGCACAGGAUCGAGAAACAUGCAAGCUCUCAGAUGCCAUAUCCUUCUCACCCAGGAAACUGGUCGAAAUCUUUUGCGAGAGCUGUUAAUUUUCAUCGCCGCCUGGGACCUCCCUGAUGAUGAGCUAUAUUUCAAGAUGAUGGUGCAGAUUAUGGAUGCAGUUCUGAAGAAUGGGCUGAUGUCUCACGCGUACUCUGACUUCGGGCAGCCGAAAGACAUCAUCUCUCCCGCUCAGGCAGUUGUGGUCAAGAUCUUGACGCACAUCUUCAGAGCAAAGUACUCUCCUGCCUCGGUUACAGGCGCAACCCAGCAGACCGCCACGAAGAACCCGGCGCCUCCUUCUAGGGUUGAUAUCCUCACGGUUCGCUACAUAUUCACUAUUUUCCGUGGGAACAUCAUUCCCGAAACCUGCGCCUUGAUCUACCUUCAAGGGCAGAUCAGGGCCGGACGUGCCCUGCCAGAAGAUUUCCCACUAAACUUGUGGGACAUGGAACGAGUCUACGAGGGAGUCUACCAAUUUUUGGAGUUCUUUGCUGUACUUACAGAAAAUAACGACUGGAAGAACCUGCUUGUCAAGUGGGAGAUCGUUUACGAUCUGGUGACGCUGAUCAGAGAACUCGAAGCCAGCAUACCCAAGGGCCAACUGAGUUCGCUGUCUCUUGGCCGCAACAGCCCUUCCAAAGAAGCACACCAACAAGGCGCAGCUGCAGGGCCUGUGGCUGUUGAGAGACCAUAUGACCCUGGUGACCCUGACCCGGCGGAAAACGGCGCUGGCAGCACCGGGUCCAGGGCCGAAUCGCCCCCUAUCACCGAGGAUCCUUCUGAAUUUGAGUGGAGGAAUCUCAAGAAACUCGUCGUGCUUGUUCUGUCGUCUCUGGUUUGGAAGUGUCCCGAGGUCCAGGAUCAGAUACGCCGAUACGGCGGUGUCGAGACUAUCUUGUCUUGUACCAACUUUGAUGCUCACAACCCGUACAUCAAGGAACACGCUGUUAUGUGUCUCAAGUUCCUCCUAGAAGGAAACCGGGAGAACCAAAGGCUGGUCGAAGCGCUCGAAGCUCGGGAGGUGGUCAGGGAUGAGAAUGGGCUGUUGGAGAGAAGUGGCUUUGAGGCCGUGAUUGAUAAGACCGGCAAGUUGGCCAUUCGACCCAAGGAUGGUCAGCCUUCAGAGAAAGUAGCCACGAGAUAG